AGCCCGGGAAAAGAGUCAGGGGCCUGCUGCUCGUUCACUUCUCUCAGUGGCAUCCUCCAAGUGAUCUUGGUGGUUAAGGGGACAGAGCUGAAUGAAAAGUUUCACGAGACUCUCAGAAGUCACCGCCUGAGCAUCAAACCUGAAUAACCGGGAGAGACGCAAGGCGGGCAGACUUUCAGUGGUUCCCGCCUGCCCACGCUGCAGGUUUUUCAGGUCCUUGCUUGAGCGUGCACUCCCAGGCGUAAAUAAACGUGCGCUCAGCAGCCGCGUCAGCCAGCAGGCUAUUUAAGCCGGCAGGCACCAGCACCCGCUGCUUCCAGCCCAGAGCUCGCCCAGGCGUCCACCCGCGCCAGAACCAUGUCAGCGGAGACCACGACCGGCCCCACGGAGGACCAGGUGGAGAUCCUGGAAUACAACUUCAACAAGGUCAACAAGCAUCCCGACCCCACCACGCUGUGCCUCAUCGCCGCCGAGGCGGGCCUCACGGAGGAGGAGACGCAGAAAUGGUUUAAGCAGCGCCUGGCCCAGUGGCGGCGGUCAGAAGGCUUACCCUCCGAAUGCAGGUCUGUCACAGAUUAGGGAGCCAGCGGCACCUGCAGCCUCCCUGGCUCUCCUGAACUCCGCCAGCGGCUCCUCACCUGGCCUUACCCAGGCUCUUUCGAUGUUUCAGUGCAGAGUUGAAUGUCCCAUUGUUGGCUGGCCUGCUAUUUAAUACAAUGUGUGUGUUUUUUUUUAAAUGUAUAUAACUAAAAAAGAAAAUAACAGGAAGCUAAAUGCAGUUCUGUGUAAAGCGAUGGCUUGGCUGGGGAAGGGGCGAGGCUUGCGUUUCCUUUGGAUUUCAGUGAAAGACGCUGUGGAAUGGUUUUCUGUCUGCGUUCCGUCGUCAGCUGCCAGUAGCGAUUCACGUGUACCAUUCAUUUCCGAGCCACCAGGCUUCUAUGGAAAAGCUAUCAGAACAGGCAGGGAAGACUUCUCCCGAAUUCACCCCCUAUGCCUUUUCCCUCUGCUUCACUGAGUUCACUGGUAGUCGAAUGAGCACACGGGUGUAUUGUCAGAGUUUCUGUGUUACCUCGGAAAGAACCCUAAGCUAGCAGCGUCAGACUCCAAGUGGCAGAAAAGCAAGUAGCUAAGAAAAAAAUUUACAGAGUCUGGAGUUUACCUUAUUUAAAUGAAUUUGUUGAGUUUAUUUUGCUGAAUAAAAUGAACUGCUUUUCGUCUCAAAAAUGAUAUUCUAAAUAAAAGAGUUUUUGUUGAAAAUUCA